GAUGCAGACGCUGCAGACGCUGGCGCCGAGGCUGAAGCUGCACCAGCACCAGCACCAGCACCAGCACCAGCACAAGCACUGGCUCACGGCAGAGGCAUUGCAGAUAGCAGCACACCGCUCUCGCCACUCUCGACGUCGUCAACGGCUACCAGUCCCGUGUCGCCGACAUUCCUUUCCGUGGCCGGCCGAGUCAGCACGCCUCUGAGCCUGUUUGUGGACUCUGCGCCCAGCAGCGGCGGCAAGCAGAAGAAGCUGCCCGCGACAUCAUCGCCGACGUCUCCCGGCUCCGAGUCUGCAGCAGCCAUCCGCCAGCGCUAUCUGGCCAUGUCGUCGCCCACAGCCGCCGCUGGCCACGGGCAGGAGUCGACGCUGUCGCUGGGAGGAAUCGCAGCGGCAGCAGCAACAGCGAGGAUGCGACGGGAGCUGCGCGUGGACGAGGCAGUAAACGAGGCAGAGCUGGAAGAGGAACAAGUGGACGAGGCGGGCUGGAAGGAGAAAAGCACGGGCAUGGGCACAGGCUCAGGCUCAGGGCCGCCGCUGCCGUGGUCGCCCAGCGCAAAUCACGACGGCGGCAGCAGCAUUUCCAAUUUCAACUCCAAAAACCCGUCUGCUCCUGUUUCUCUCAACAGAAGCGCCAGCAAUCAGCAGCAUGACACCUCCAGAGGCAUCAUUUCCGCGCCCCUGCCCCAGAGCCCCGACGCACGCGCCAGACCCAGUCGACACGAGCGCCCCUCAAAUUAUGGCCGGGACUCGGAUAUUGCCAGCGCUGCAAUUAGCACCGCGGCCUGGUCCCCUGCCCCAUCAGCGCCAGCAUCAGGUCCAGCAUCAGCGUCUGCCUCGUCGCUGCGCCGCCCGCCGCCCGAGGACCCCCCAUUGCACACGGGCAGCGUGCAGCCGGGCACCAAGCUGGCCCAUCCAAAGCCCAUCCUGCACAUCGCCACCGACGAGGCGCGCCAUCACCACCACUCGGACCUGCUCACGCGCUCGGCCUCGUCCAUCAGCAACGUCGCCCACCUCGAGGCCACCGCCGAGCGCCUGUCCAUGACCAGCUCCAUCGACGAUGCCAUCCGCGACCUGCACGGCGAACUGAAACGCAGCGACAGCAGACGCUCCUCCAUCCUCGCCGCCCGCGCCGCCUCUGCCGACGAGCACUCGACGUCGGCCUCGUCACGCCUGCGCCGCUACCCGUCCAACGGCUCGUCGUCGGCCGCCGCCGCCGCCCGCCAAAAGGGCUACUCUCCCGCUGCGUAUGUCAUGUCGCCCACAAACUCCCUCUCCGGCCGCAUGCGCUCCGGCUCCAACGCCUCCACGGGCCCAGGCCGCCCGGAGCACGACGCCAUCAACUCCAUCCUGUCCCGCCACGGGCCGGGCAAGAGCUCCGUCAGGAGCGUGCGCUCCGCCAAGCCCUCGCUGGCUGAGAUCUCCGAGUCGGAGCCCAUCUCCCUGACCCAGCAGGUCCUGGACGAGGCCGAGCACGCCGCUGAUGUCCUGUCCGAUGCCGAUACUGAUGCUGAAGCUAGCGCGAGGAAAAUGAUUCAACAAGACGCAAACUUUGGGGGCGACGACUUCCACGAGAUGAUGGAGGGAGGCUUCCGGAGCCACAGGGCUUCCAACCUCAUCUUGGUCAACCCAGACCUGCCCUCCGACCACGACAGCGAAGCCGAGAGGCCCAUGACGGCAAACUCCACAAAUACCUUUCAGGUGGCCCAGGAGGCCUUUGACGACUUUGACGGCGCUCACUGCGAGACGGAUACGGAAGAUGAGCGUUUCGCUACGGCCGACAUGGGGGCACGCUUGCAGAAGCGAGAGAGGCUGCCGGAAGCGCACCACCAGCUCCAGCAGCACCAGGAGCAAUACCAGCUCCAGCACCCGCUCCAGCAGCACCAGGAGCAGCACCAGGAGCCGUAUCAGGAGCCGUAUCAGGAGCCGUAUCAGGAGCCUCCCCAUCCUCCUCCCGCCCACGAAGACACCUCCCAACUACGCACCCCUCAACAACGGUCCUCUGGAGAGUUUGUGAGGCCGCAAUCCUACUUUGAUGCCCAGUCUGGCCAGCACAUGCUGUACUACCCAGCCCGUGUUCCGGCCAUGCUCAACCUACCCCCCAAGCUAUCCCACAAGCCCAAGGCUGCUGAUCGUAACCAGCGACGCUCGGAGCUCCUGAGCGCCAUGAUGCAGCCCAAGGAGAAGAGAAAGUCCAUCGUCCCCGACCUGGAGCAGAUUGCCCUGCCUGACCCCCUGAGCGGGCACCGCAAUUCGUUUGCGGCCCUCUCAGUGGCAGACAAGCUCGACGACGUCGACGACGGCAUUGCCACCACGCCUACACCAUAUUUCAUAGAGGGGCCCGUUCCUCACUCCAGGGAAGUGACUGCACCCCCCUCUCUGGAGGACCUUCGCCGUCCUCAGAAGCUGUCCAAGCACGAUGCCGACAAACGCAAGUCAAACAUGGACAAACUAAGCACCCUCCCCCCCCACCUCCGGGCCAGCGUAUUUUUCGAGCAGCCGUCUGAGAGCCCCGAGAUUGAGGUCAGGGACGGAUCGGCCAUGGCUACCCUCGACAGCAUCCUCGACGCCUCAGCGACCGCUCCCGUCAGUGCCUUUACCGACCAUUUGUACGCCGGCAAGCUGGGCAACGAGGUAUAUGGACAGGAGAAGAAGAAGGAUGGCAAAAAGAAGGCGGCCAAGCACAAGUCACAACAGCCUUCUACAAACACUCUUACCGCCGAUUUGCCGUCCAAGGGAUCGACUGUCAGGCUGCUCACUAAGCGAAGCAAGAGCAGUUUGCUAGGUAUAGAGGCCAACGAGCCUGAAGCUGGCCCUAGUGGAGCCCAUGAUGACGGCCACGACGGAGCCCAUGAUGAAGAAGAGGGAACAAGAGAAGAGGAGCAGCUCGAGGAAGGUAUCCUUGAUGGCAUGCCCACGACCCUUCUUGGCGAGAUUCAUCUUCGCAAGCAGCGACAAAAGGAGCGUCUGCUCAACCAGGGCAACAUGGUGCCCCAGCGAAUGCGAGCCACUCUCCUGGAGAUGGAUGCCGUUGCCGAGAUGCAGCGCAAACAGCGCUUAAAGAGCCGCGUGAACCUUGCCUGGGAGGAUCAAAACAUUCCUGUAGAGCAACACUUGUCAGACGACGAAGACGUGCCUCUGGCUGUCAUUGCCGCGAUGCACGACGGCGCCAAGAAUAUGCUUGAUCUCGAGCGUCCCAUUGGCCUGAUGGAGGCUCGCGAGAUGGAGGAGAACGAACCCCUGAGCCAGCGCGCCGCCCGUCUGCAGGGCCGCGCCUCUGCCGCCUUUACUACUGCCAAGCGCCAGAGCAAUCUGAGCCUGGGUCCUACACGCAUGGCAGAGGUGCAGCCUGCAGCUGGCUCGCCACGCAUCAUUACGCCUGACGGAGCUGUAGACGACGAUGCGCGCACCACCAUUACCGCAACGGCUACAUCUGCGGAGCCAUUUUCGGCAGAGAUUGAGGAAGAGACGCUUGGCGCCAGAAAGCGACGUCUGGCGGAAUCGACACUGCCCAGGGUCCGCCCUGUUAGCAACGCGUUUUCCGCCGAGUUUUUGAGCCAGUUUGGCGACCUCGACGAAGACAAAGACAAGCAAGGCAAAUCGCCCAACCCAGAGGACGAGACCCUGGGCCAGCGCCGCCGCCGUCUGCAGGCUGAACGCGAGGCCCGCGCACGAGAGAUGAGCUACGGCAACCUGACGGGCGAGAGACUGACGGCUUAUGGUAACCUGACGGGCGAACAGGCCAAUAGGCUGUCUCGCCGAGUGAGCAUGGCCGAUAUGCUUUCUGUGCACCAACUAGCCGAAGAUCCUCGCAUUGCGGAAGAACGACGCCGACAGGAGGAACACAUGAGGAUCACCGAACAGGACGCCAGGAUGGCUGCCGUGAGGGCUCAGAUGCCCACUGCCCUGGUGCUGCCGGGCAAUGCUCGCUCGGGAGGCUUCAAGGGCGGCCAGUACAAUGACGGAACAGGCGGUUUUGGCCUCGAGGCGUCCAGGUCGACGGCCGCUCUCAACACGCUGCAUAGCCGGAGCUUCACCAACACUGGUCCCAGAAACCACCGGGCUACCAUGAUGAUGCCCCCUCAGACUGCCUAUGGCAGGCAGCAGUCGUAUAGCGGAAUGACUGGCAUGAACCAGAUGGCUGGUAAUCCAAUGUACAGCACCGCGCGCAACCUGUAUAACUCUAAUGGGGUUAUUCAGCUGGGCACGGGGAUGACGUUGCCGAAUGGCAGCUUGGAUCGAGUUGAGAGGUGGCGACAGGGUGUUGCUCCUUAGACGCUGACACUGUUGUUGGAGCAUUACUUGGCAUAUUUUAAACCUUUUCUUUGUCUUGUUUCUUUUUGACUGUCAAGAGUCAUAUAUAUAGCCUAUAUAACUGCCCCUUUUUUUAGAGGCAGCGUCCGAUCUGAUUUCGAUCCAUACACGUCUGUUUCUUUUUUGUUGUUUGUUGUUUGUUUGCUUUGUUGUUGUUGGGAGAGGAAGAGGAUUGUGUAUUUUAAUAAUACGGUUAAGCAUUGCGUGGCGCUUUGGGAAGAAAAUUGGAUUUUUACAUAUUACUAUUUUUAUAAGGUGUGGAAAGAAUGGGGGGAAGAAGAAGAAGAAGAAGAAGAAUUGAGAGCAGACUUUUGUGUGUGUUUUCACUUUUAAUUAUUUUCUUUAAUGUAGACUGGGGGGAGAUGAGAUUCCUUUUUAGGGGAGGGUGAGUGGAGAUGUGUAUCAAUGCAUUUGUAUGUUUUCUUUUG